UUUAUCUAUGAUAUUGAUUAAAUUUGAUUACAGUUUUUCCAAUUUUAAUAGUGCGUACUGCGUGAUACAAAGUGUAUAAAACUUACUACACAAAGAGCGCUACAAUAAAAAUGUUCGUAACACGCCAAAUUGCAUCUAGGUUCUUCCAACAAACAGUGCGUCGCUACCAUGGCGAAAGUCACUUCAAGCCCCCCACCAUGGAUGAAUUACCAGUGCCCAAAGGCUCAUGGCAGUCGCACCAUGAUGCCAACCAACGUCGCUUCAAUGCUGUGCUCCUCUUUGGAAUUGCAUUCACUGCUGCUACAUUCGUCGUUGCAAAAACAUCAGGACUGGUCUACCUCAACUACUCGCCUCCCAAGUCCCUGGAUUAAGCAUUCACUAAUAACAAAAGCUUGGAUUUAUGUUAAAUAGAAAUUAAAUAAAAUUUAGUUUUAUUUCUGA